CACACAUCCAGAACUACAAUGACUCUAUACAGGACGCAGAGACUGGGAAUGGAUAGGUGUAGUCGAGAGAAUUGUGCUGAUUCUGAGGCAUGCUAUGCCAGUUGACCUACAGGAUGUUUAUCUUACUUCAGUUCUUGAAGAUGAGAUUGAAAACUUUGUGAUGAAACCAGGAGUUAAUAACCCUGUGGUGUACAUCAACCGAAGUUUUGUCACCCAGCCUCAGAAUCCACAACAACCCCAGGCCAGGGACUACUUUGAUCUCCUUAGCAACCAGCUGGACUCCAAGGCUAAGAGCAAAGUGGACUCCUUGGCCUCCAAACUGGACAGUAGAUGUACAGAAAAGCUUCAAAUGUCCCUGUCCUGGUGUGAUGAGACUGGUUUCAGCCCCAGAAGUAAUCCUGAACAUGUGAAGUACCUGGACUCUCUGUGUGAGCAGUACUAUGGCAAGAUGAAAGUCCUGCUUGAGUCAUCCAUGAAACAGGUUUUAGUUCAGGCAGAGAACUUUAGGCAAAAAGGAGUGAGUUCUAAUCUCCAUGAAGAGCUUGUUAACCUCUUCAAACACAUCUUUAUCAAGAACUCAUUCAAGUUUUUUGGUGGAAGAGAAGCUAUCUUGAAGAAGAUUGAAAGCUACAUUGCCAGUGGCCACACAGGUCAGAGUGACACUGCAGUCAGGCCGUUACUGUUAACUGGGUCACAUGGAAGCGGCGCCAGUGGGAUCUGCAUCCUGACCAAUGGGAUAGUGCAUACCGUCCCAGGCUGGGAGGGCAGUGUCUGUGUACUGAGGAUUCUUAAGUUGUCCACUCGUGCCAGAACUGUGGAGACCAUGCUUCACUGUAUCCUGGAGCAAGUUUGUCUGGCAUAUGAUCUACCUAUGUCAUAUGCUACCAGGAGUCUUAAAGAACAACAGAAGCUAUUUUACAAUAUUCUGGAGAAAGUCACUGCAAAGAACCCUCUGAUCAUCAUCAUGGACGGUCUGCAGGAUCUUAUCCCUACACCUGGAGGCCAAGUUGAAUGGAUACCUGCUGAGCUGCCACCUAAUGUUAGGAUUAUUGUCACAGCAACAGAGGAUGGUUUGCAGAAAAUGAAACUUCCAAGUUCAACUCACUCUCUGAGCAUUCCACCAUUCACAAAGGAGGAGGGCGAAUUCUUACUUAAUCGCAUCCUAGAACUUCAUAGUCGCACUCUCACCCCCUCACAGAGAGGAGAAGUAAUCUCAGCUAUAGAGAGGUGCCCAUCCCCUAUAUAUGCUGUGACCCUCUCCGCCAUGGCCAGCCACUGGCACAGCUACACCUCAGAUAUGCAGAACAGAAUCAAAGGUUCCACAGAGGAGCAGUUUGGUUUGCUUCUGGACGAGAUGGAUGAGAAGUAUGGAGUUGACUGUGUUAAGCAAAUCCUGGGUUACUUCAGCUGUGCCAAAACUGGCCUAACUGACAAUGAGCUGAUAGACUUGGUGUUGUGUGAUAAGGUGAUAAUGAACAAGUUGGAUGGAGAUGCCUUCGCAGCUCGCUCUGUCUGGAACAGGCUCUGCAUCGACAUCGAGUACCUCCUGAUGUAUAGGAUGGUCUAUGGACUUAUAACUUUCCAAUGGAAGCACUCUGUUUUUGCUGAUUGUGUCAUGAAGAGAUAUUUUCCCAAGGCAGAAGAUAUCCAGGCGGUUCAUAGGCUGCUGAUGCAGUACUACGAAGGCAAUUUGAAGCUUAAUGUCUCACUGGGAUCCACCAUACCUCAGCCAAUCAAAUUUGGAAACACAUUCAACCUACGGAAACUGACAGAACUUCCAUAUCAGAUGGUGAAAUCAGGCUGUGUGGAGAAGGUGAAAACCCAAUGUUUGCUCAACCUGGAGUUCUUAAUGGCUAAGAUGGAAAGUGUCGGAGUUGAUGGGGUCAUAGAGGAUGUUGCCAUGGCAGUCCAGAUCAACCCCAAUGACCAGGAGUUACAGCAGCUAUAUCAGUUGCUGCAGAUGUCGGCUUUUGCUCUGAGUUUGGACCCCAGUAGGUUAUGGAUGCAAUUCACAAGUCAUGUGGGAAAAGCGUCACUCUGUCCACCAAUACAACAGCUGUGUGAUGAAAGCAAAUCUGUGAUCCAUGAUGAAGGAUGGUUUGAGACUAAAUCACCUGUCAGUCAUGUCUUGGACCAAAUGCCAUCUGAUGACAAAGUUGGCCAAGCCCUUGUUACUGGCAUUUUUAAGCUAAAAACUGACCCAGCACAUGUUGUAACUGUUUCCACCAGCCAAAAGAAGGUCCAGGUGUGGAACUUGACCUCUGGUAAAGCUGUGAGGACACUUAUAAAUAUCCCUCAGCCAAGAAAUGUCCGCAUGGUUGACGACUACAGAGCUGUUGUGCUUUGUAACCGGGAAUUGAAGGUGUUUGACUUGAACCAGGGCACCUUGCUGUCAGAAUUAAAAGGUGUCCUGAAUGUUGAACGACCUUAUUUUGAAAUCAUGGAUGAAAAUUAUGCUGUGACUUUAUCCAGGAACAGAAUGUAUGUGAACAUCAUGGAACUGGAGACUGGAAGCCAGGAGUCCACUUUCAAAGUGGGUGAGGACCGUUUCCUCGACAGCCUCUUUGUCAGUGCCGAUGGCCAGAUGUGUGUUUGUGGAGAUGAGGUCCAGAAGCCAUUUCCGCUGCUCGUGUGGGAUUUGCCUAACAAAAAGCUGAUCCAUGAUAUGCGCAUCCCUAACCAUGAGUUCCUUACCAGCAUGGCAGCCAUUUCUCAUGAUGGGCAGUACGUGGUGUCAGUGUGCAAGGAGGUUGAUGACCCUGCUCCAAACUUCCUGACCAUCUAUGACCUUCAGAGCGGUCAGAUGUACAAAAAGUGGACACCAGAGGUCAGCACCUGUGCAGUGGCCAUUUCGUCUGCUGGUCACUGUGUGGUCAACUGCCUGGAGACGGGGACCCUGAUGGUCUGGGACCUGGUAGCUGGAGGGUUAAGACAUGAGCUGUCAGGACAUAGACAAGGUGUGGACCGUAUCCUCAUUAGUGACAGUGGGACCAGAUGUGUCAGCUACUCCACCAACAAUAUAGAUCAGACAGUCAAAUUGUGGGAUUUGACCAAAGGAGCAUGCCUUGCUAGUUUCACCUCAGAUGUUCCACUGACCAGCUGUGAGUUGAGUAUGGAUGGCAAUGCAGUCAUUCUUGGGCUGGAAGGAAGAGAGGACAUUGUAGUACUACAGCUCUGCUUGAAGGAAGGAGGUUUGCAGAUGAUCACAGAUGGCAGCUAUGGGGAUGACUCUUUGAAAGACAAGGAGUUUGAUCCAAUGGCAAAAUAGAGUGCAUUUGUUAGCUUGUGACAAACACAGCCACUCUGGAUGAGACAGGGAAUAUGUAGUAGUGUCUGUGUAUGGAAUUAAACUAGAAGUGCAUAAAAGUCAGGUAUUUGUAACACCCAGAACUAUUGUAAAACCAAAGAGAUUUAUCACUAUGCAUAACAGUAUUAGAUGUAAGUCUAAGUCACGUGAAUAUAGAAGAUUUUUUUUAUAUUAUUAUUUUAUUAAUAUAUUUUUCUCAAAGCUCUUAGUAUCUUUCAAAAAUUAUAUGUAUUUGAUCUAUAUAUGUUUAUCUGUAAGCAACUUAAAUAU